GACUGUGUUGUAGGUGUUAACGAAGGUUCAGAUUGGGAGCGAGGUUAUGGGUUUGUUGGUGUGUCAUUGCUUUUAAUUCGUGUGUUAAAAGUUACAUCUGUAAUUAUAAAGAAAUGCACGUUAUUUAAAGUAGGUUCAUUUAACGUGAUAGGUUUCAGAUAUGUUAGUUAUUAUAUGAAUAAGAUCUGCUGCAUUUCACUUGCAGUGAGGAUCAGUCGUAAUUUUGCACCACGAAUUCAAGGGAGAGUAAUGUUGCAUACACCUUCUAGAGAACUAUUUGCGAAAGUGAAUAAGGGUUACAUUUUGUAAACCAUGCAGACAAAGUACCAGACAUCACCUAUUCCAAGCCGGAGUCCAUCAUCGCUCAGUAAUAGUUUGCGAGGUGGAUCACCUCUUCCAGUCCCAGUUGCAUAUAGGUUGGAUUGUAUGACAGCAGCAGCGAAGAGAUACAAAUAUCUUCGAAGACUCAUAAAAUUUCAACAAAUGGACUUCGAAUUUGCAUUGUGGCAAAUGCUGUACUUAUUCAUUGCACCUCAGAAAGUGUAUAGAAAUUUUCAUUAUAGGAAACAAACAAAGUCGCAGUUUGCCCGAGAUGACCCAGCAUUUUUGGUUCUUCUGAGUUUCUGGCUUUGUGCAUCUUCAGUGGGUUUUGCAUUAGUGCUGAAACUUGGUUUCUGGGGCUUUGUCAAGUUCCUCUUAUAUGUAAUAUUUGUAGACUGUAUAGGAGUUGGUCUUCUUAUUGCCACAUUGUUCUGGUUUGUAAGCAAUAAGUAUCUCAUCAAACCAGCUUGUUAUGACCAGGAUGUGGAAUGGGGAUAUGCAUUUGAUGUUCACCUCAAUGCAUUCUUUCCCCUUCUUAUUAUUCUUCAUGUAUUUCAGCUGUUUUUCUACAAUGUAUUAAUUAGCCAUGAAUGGUUUAUAUCAAGACUGUUUGGCAACUCCCUGUGGCUAAUUGCUCUUGGUUACUAUAUCUACGUAACUUUUCUGGGCUACAGCUGUUUGCCAAUCCUGCACAGAACACAUUUACUGUUGUACCCUCUGACAGCGUUGCUGUUGGUAUAUGUGGUGACAGUGGCUAUUGGGUGGAAUGUGAGUCAGACAGUAAUGGACUUCUACAAGUACCGAGUGUUAUGAUGAGUCGUUUUCAGAGUGUUUUUACAGAAACCAAGUAAACUGAAGAUAUCAUUAUGCCAGUAAUUCCAUUUAAUAUGAUAUAUAUCCAUUUUAAUACCUAAUUGCUAUGUCCUGGUAUUUCCUAGCCUGUGGUUCAUGGACCAAUUGCAGUCAUGAAUAUUUUGUGGUUGGUCUGUGAUGGUUUCUGUUAAAAGUACGUAGGCGAGUCAAA